GGUACACAAAUAGUAGGAUUGUGUAUUUUGUGACCAAAAUGUUUGUGAUUUUAGCAUUUGUGUCAUCUUAAUAAUUUGUCUACCUCAACCCAGUGGGCGGAAUCAACCGCCAGCCAGCUACAAGAUCGAUCCAAUGACGGAAAUCCAUGGCCUCAUCACUGAAGGGCAACUGCUCAUCUCUUUAUCUCCCUCCCCUCCCCAAAUUGAUCCAAGUUUUUCCGCAUCUCCACGCCACAGCUGAGCUGCGUUUCUUUGUAUUCAUAAACCAUGAAAAAACCCGUCGGAGGCAACGAAGCUUCUGCUAUUGAACCUUCACCAUCAGGUUUUGUAAUCAACCCUUAUAAAUAUAGCCGGUUGAGUUUAGAGGAGAGAAGGGAAUUACUUUAUGAGAUUUAUCAAUGGUCGGAUGAUGCACCAAAGGUCCUAAGUUCAUUGGGCAGGAGACAACUGCUUGAAAUAAUAUGUGCUGAAAUGGGCAAGGAGAGGAAGUACCCUGGCUUCACCAAAGCAAGAAUGAUAGAGCAUCUCUUGAAGCUGUUUUCUUGUAGAAGGACGAUAAAUACCAAAGAAAAUCUAAUCCCAGAUGAUCAUCCAUGUGACGAGGAGAUGAAAGACAAGCCGGGAGCCUUUCUCUGUCAGAACUCAGCAUGCAGAGCUGUAAUGAAUGAUGCAGAUGUCUUCUGCAGAAGAUGUUCUUGCUGCAUUUGUCAUAGGUACGAUGACAACAAAGAUCCCAGUCUGUGGCUGGUCUGUUGCUCUCCUGAUUGUCCAGAGGAAUCCGCCCUCAUUCUUGUUAUUUUUGUUUUUCUUUUAUCAUCACUCGUACGACUGACAUAUACCACCGAUGCUUCAUCUACCACACGCAUUGAGCCCGAGCAAAAAAACCGUGCAGCGCUCUCGAUGACAUUCUACGGCUCAAAAUAUUCUCAAGUAUUCGAGCCCGACGCUAGCUUUGCAUACCGUCACGCUAGUGAGCUGAAUAUGUCUUUGCAUCGCAUUGCAUAUUUGCAUGAGAAAGAAAUCAUGUUAUCUAACUUAAGUCUUAGUCAAGUUAGAGAAAACCCAGCAUAUAGUGAAGUUUUUGCUAAUUAUGCAUUUGGCCUCGGUUUGUACCUUGUUGAGUUUUACGUUGGCGAUGAAGGAUUGAAACAAGUGCUGGUGCUGGAUACGGGCAGCAGCAUUGUGUGGGUUCACUGCCAGCCUUGCGAAAACCCUUGCGGUGAGUCAUACAAAAUUACAAAACCAAUAUAUGAUCCAGAGUUAUCACUUGGCUAUCAGAGAGUUCUUUGUAAGGAUAGCUAUUGCCGAAAUCCUGGUACUGUAAGAACUAACUACAAUGAGUGUAAAAAAGAAGUUGAGGAAUGUGAGUAUCAAGUAGCGUACGAAUCUGCACGAAGUAGUGGUAAAAUCAUAAGGGACACAUUUAGGGCCUCCAAUUUGGAACAAUUCAGUACUAUUUACUUUGGUUGUUCCAAGUCGGCGUGCUUUGAUGGCAAUGCCAUGUUUUUGGCCGAAGUCAACGGAGUAUUUGGUCUUGGGAACGAAAGACUAUCAUUUAUGUCCCAGGUCCCGUACGAGGCACAGUUUUCGUAUUGUUUAGGACGUUUGCCCGAUUUUGAAGAACAAGAGGCGACGGGUAACAGCGCACUUAUAAUUGGAGAACCAGUCAUAGAGAACAAGAAGUGGACAAACUUGUACGAGGAGGACGGGCACUACUAUGUCAGCAUCGCCGAGAUCUGGAUUGGAGAUAAAAAACUUAAUCCUCCAAAGUAUGAAUUACGAAGGAGCCGUACUCUGAGUGGAGGAGGAGCUCUGAUAGACACAGGUGCGUCCAUAAACAUACUUCUAAGAGGUACCUUUGAAGUGUUUACGAAUGAGGUGAAUAGAUUGAUGGGGGACAGAAUAAAAGCCGUAGAGCGGUCUAGGGAAGGUCGGCCUUGUUACUUAGGCAAAAAGUCUUCGGAGAUUCCUAAAGACUUCCCCGAAGUCAGAUUUGUGUUUGAGGGUUACACUUCAGAGAUCAAACUCAAAUACUAUCAUCUCUUUCGUCAAGUUGAUGAAGAUCGUUUUUGCUUGACCUUCAUAGAUGGUUCCUUCAAAUCCAGAAGUGCUUACCUUGGAGCCUCAGCACAACAGUCCAUGUAUGUUAAUUAUGAUUUAGUUGAGGGUAGAAUUUCUUUCCAAGAUGCAGAUUGUAGUAGCUCAUUUGCAUAGAUAAUCUGAGUUGCAUCCGGCUGUCCCGCAUGAAGAAGAAGGUCACGACCCCGUCCCUGCCACGACGGGUCGUCCAAAGAGGAAUGUUCGUCCGCCAAAAAAAUAUCAAGAUUAUG